AUGGCAUCAGGACAACAAUCUCUGACUUCCUUUUUUAAAAGAAAAGAAAAUACAGAAGAACCAGUAAAUAAUGUAGCAAAGAAAGGCAAGAUAAGCAGUGAUUCGAGUAACGUUACAAAUGAUGAUUUAAUCAAGAUUCAAACGCUUUCGCGUACUGUGUUAUUAUCCGAUAUGCCAUUAAAUAUCAAUGAUAAUCGCCCAUUAACUUCAACAGCAAAUGAUAAUAAGAAACGUACAUAUCAAAAAUGGUACUCAGAUAGCUUUCCGUGGCUUUUAUAUGAAUCUAACAAAGGUGGAUUUUAUCACAUCUGUCGUGAUUACUGGAAACCAACAACACCAUCUUUCUCUGAAAUGAAUACGAGAACUAGAGGCACUUUUGUUAUACAUCCAUUUAUCAAUUGGAGACAUGCACCUGGUCCAAAUGGAAGUUUACAAAAGCAUCAAGAUUCUUAUUCCCUCUACUGA